AUGGAAGGGGUUUCUUCUUCUACUAGUACUAGUACUAAUAAGAAGAAGAGAGCAUGGCCUAAAGAUGACUUUAUUGAUUUGGUCUUCUCGUGGUCUAUCGAAAAUAUUUUUGAUGACACUCUGUAUGAAAAUCAGGUGGAGAAGAUUCCAGAAUCAUUUGAAUCAGUGGAGCAUUACUUGGGUUCAUUUUUCUUCCUUUUACUGGAAGAAACACGAGCAGAUAUUGCUGCUUCCUUGGAGGUUGAUUACUGGAGGCAUAUAUUCAGUGAUGGGAAAGAGCCUUACAGAACAUUACCUGGAGAUAUUGUUAUUAUCUCAGAUGCUAAACCUGAAACUGCUUCUGACCUGCAGCGACUUGGAUGGAAUUGGACCUUUGCAUCUGUAACUAAUAUCAGUGACAAUGAGAACGAUGAUUUAAAUGCAUCCACUAAUUUUAAAGUCAAAGUUGCUAGAGAUAUUGGAAUUUAUAAGGGAGUGCAAAAAUCAUUUUAUAUAGUGUUUUUGAUAAAUUCGAUACCAAAUAAGAGAGUAUGGAAUGCGCUGGGAAUGAGAAACAAUUUGGACAUUAUUGAGAAAGUUCUGUGCAGCGGGCAUGCGAAACAGCGCGAGAAUAAAUGUGAUGUUUGUUCUACAUCCAUUAAUGAUGGACCAGCUGGAGAAGUUGUUAACAGUCUGUUGACUACGCUGAAUGUUUCUCAGGCUAAUGCAAUCUUGACCUCUCUUGAUACAUUGAAAUGUUGCCACAAGCCUUCCAUUGAACUCAUAUGGGGUCCACCUGGUACAGGAAAGACUAAGACUACAAGUGUCAUGCUCUUCAUACUGUUGAGAAUGAAGUAUAGAACUCUUACUUGUGCCCCAACAAAUGUAGCAAUAACACAAGUAGCUUCUCGGUUGGUUAAACUGGUCAGAGAGUCAUUAAAAAAUCAUUCUGCAGAAAUGGAUAUCGUUUGUCCUUUGGGUGAUAUUCUCUUGGUUGGGAAUAAGGACCGGCUAAAAGUUGGUCACUAUAUUGAGGAGAUUUACCUUGAUUAUCGUGUCGAUAGGCUGGUGGAAUGCCUGGGACCACUGACUGGCUGGAAACACUGUAUAAGUUCCAUGAGUGGAUUUCUAGAAGAUUGUGUUUCUCAGUACCACAUCUACGUGGAGAAUGAGUUGAUCAAACUGAAGGAACUUGCUGACCAAGAGGAAGCACAAAAAGAAAAAGCAAAAAUCAGCUCAUUGAUUGAUUUUGCUAGAUCUCGGUUUAAUUCUACAGCAUCAUCUUUGAGAAGAUGCAUGUUUGUAUUCUGUACCCAUCUACCGGUAUGUUUUAUUCAAGAGGAGAACUUUGAAAGAAUGGUGCGCCUUAUCUCCCUACUUGAUUGUUUGGAGGGAAUGUUAUUUAAAGAGAAUGUUGGUUCUAAAGAACUGGAAGAGCUAUUUUCAUCUCAGCAAACAAUUGAAGUCUCUUCUGAGGCCGUUUUGGAUGAGUUUUCUUUACGUUGUUUAAGAAGCCAGUGCCUUGGUCUUCUAAAAGAUGUUCGCCAAUCACUUGGAAAACUGAGUCUUCCUAGUGCUAUGAGUAAGGAGUCGAUUAAGGAGUUCUGUUUCCAAGUGGCUUACUUGGUAUUGUGCACUGCUUCUAGUUCAUAUAAGCUUCAUUCACUGGAUAUCAAGCCAUUUGACUUAUUAGUCGUUGAUGAAGCCGCCCAAUUGAAGGAGUGUGAAUCUGUCAUACCAUUCCAACUUCAAGGUCUGACGCAUACUGUUUUGGUGGGCGAUGAGUGUCAACUGCCGGCAACAGUUAAGAGUCGAGUUUCUGAAGAAGCUGGCUUUGGAAGGAGCCUUUUUGAAAGACUCAGUUCACUGGGACAUUUUAAACACCUGCUUAACAUACAGUACCGGAUGCAUCCAUCAAUUAGCCAAUUUCCAAAUUCAAGUUUCUAUCAUAAUCAAAUUCAUGAUGCCCCUGAUUCGAAGAAAUAUGGUUGA